UUUCAUUAAAAACAACCUUAUGUGAUGAAAAUGUAAAUGUACUUUCAAAACUGGUAAAUGCAUGAACCAGGGCAUUGACACUGGUUGGAGAGAAAUUAUAGGCUUUGUUUAAUUAAUACCUAUUUCAUUUUAGGCUUCUACUGAUAAUGGAGAGUAGAAACUACAAGAAGUGCGUUAUUUGUAAUAAGAGGCGAAGUCGUGGUGGAUCACCCUUACUUUUGAGUAGGUUUCCUCUGGAUUCUGACCGUUGUCGAAUGUGGGUUAAAAAUGCUGGCAUAGAAGACUUAGCAUAUGUACCUAUUGAAAAGUUACACCAACUUAAGUUUGUUUGUGGUGGGCACUUCACUCCUGAAUCCUUCAAUGCCAAAGGAACUCGGCUGAAGAACUCAGCUAUUCCAACACUGGAAUUGAGCAAUCCCAUCUUGCCAGAUGAAGUUUUGACAGAGUUUCCUCUUCAUGUAAAAGACUCCAAUAAAGAAAACCUCAAGACAGUUCUUUAUGAUCAUUCAUAUUGCAUUCCAAAGAAGUCAAAUCCAGUUGAACGAGUUCCCCUUACAACUACAACCAAACAACUAAAUUCAACAUGUUUGGGAGCUGUGGAUAUACCAGAUUCUGGUAUUUCUGCGAAAACAACUUUUGAACCUCUUCCUUCUACUUCCAAUGCACCAGAACAUAUGACCUAUAAACCCAUUACUCAUGAUGAUAAAAACCUUUGCCAUCAAGAUGCACAGGCAGAAAUAUUAGUCCACAGUUAUAAAAGACCUAAGAAAAACAUUGAAAUGAAAGACACUUCAUCAACAUUUACAAUUAAAGAGAAGAGGCUUUGGCGACAGUUACAAAAUGCAAAAAAAACAAUAAGGAAUAUAGCGAAGUCAAGAGUGAAUUUAGACAAGUUAGAUUCGGAAGUGCUGACAUCGUUAGUAAAGGAUGUAGUGCAGAAUAACAAAAAAAAGUCACAAGGAAAAAGGUGGACUUUAGCCAACAAAAUAUCCGUACCGCGCGGGAAUAACUUGACAUCUCGACCUGCACUUUUUUUUUUUUUUUAGCUUAAGCGCUUCCUCUACCUUAUACCCUACUGGUAUAAAAAACUCAACUCGAAAUACCCAAAAAUACUUGAAAUACAGCUCUUGUUCAUAAGUAAAUAUCUCUAAUUUAGGCAAUAAAUAUUUGACAUAACGAUAUAUCCAAUUAAUAUUAUUCUUACAAACAUUUAUAUUUCGAUUUAUCAAUGUAUGUCAGAACAUGUAUUUAUUAAUAUCUCGACUUAUACAUUUAUGGAUUUUCGUUUUUAAUUUGACAAAAACAGUUAUCAAGUUAUGAUCCCCUCUGAGUACUAAACACAUCCAUGAUAUGUGCAGUUGUCUUGUUAUGCACGCAGUCAAGAGUUUGGAUAUUUAGAGUUAUCAAGCUAUUAC